AUGUUUGCCGGCCGCCCACGAGUCAUCCGGAAUAGCAUCCUCCUGACGCUCGCCAUCCUCACCAUAUGGCACCUCGGACUCUUAUCCCGGGCGCCAACAUCGGAAUGGUGCCGCCUUGAGCAUUUCAUGAAUCACGGCGCGUCUCCCGGGCAGUAUCCCAAAUUCAAGUCGAGCUUCGACUGGAGCAGCAUCACUUUCCGCUAUCCUCCAAACAACAACACCCAGCUGCCCCGUCAACGCAAACCCCUCCCCCGCAUCCAGCACCAAUUCAAGCCCGAAUCACCAGCCGCCGCCAAGAAGCGCACCGAGAGGCUCCUCGCGGUCAGGCAAGUCUUCCAGCGGGCAUGGCGAGGCUACAAGACGUUCGCCUGGAAGCAGGACGCCCUGCUCCCCAUCAGCGGCGGCGCGAGGGAGCAGUUCUCGGGCUGGGCGGCGACGCUCGUCGACUCCCUGGACACGCUCUGGAUCAUGGGCUUGCGGGACGAGUUCGACGAGGCGGUGGCGGCGGUGGCGGAGAUUGACUUUGGCUCUUCGACGAGCAGCCGCGUCAACAUCUUUGAGACCAACAUUCGCUAUCUCGGGGGCCUGCUGGCGGCGUACGAUCUCAGCGGCAGGGAGCUGCUGCUGGACAAGGCCGUCGAGCUGGGGGACCUCAUCUAUGCCGGCUUCAACACGAAGAACGGCAUGCCUGUCGACUUCCUCAACUUUUACUCUGCCCAGUCGGGAGAAGGGCUGCUCGUCGAAGGCUCCGUCGUGUCAGCGUCGCCGGGCACGCUGUCCCUCGAGCUGGCGCACCUGUCCCAGGUCACGGGCGACCCGAAAUACUACAGCGCCGUGUCGCAGGUCAUGGACGUCUUCUACCAGGGCCAGAACAAGACGAGCCUUCCGGGGGUCUGGCCGAUGAAUGUCCACAUGAAGGCCAAGGAUGUCGUCAGCGGCAGCGCUUUCACGCUCGGCGGCUGCGCAGACUCGCUGUAUGAGUAUCUGCCCAAGAUGCAUCAGCUGCUGGGCGGCGGCGAGCCCCAGUACGAGACCAUGUCCAGGACGUUUCUGCAGGCGGCGGAUCGACACUUUCUGUUCCGUCCCAUGCUGCCGGAGGAGGAGGACGACGACGACGACAUCCUCAUGCCCGGAAACGUCAACAUCAACGAUGGAGGAGAGCCGGUGCUGGAUCCCGAGACAGAGCACCUGGCCUGUUUCGUGGGGGGCAUGUUUGGCCUGGCAGGCAAACUCUUUGGCCGGACGGACGAUGUCGACACCGGCAUCAAACUGACCAACGGCUGCGUCUACGCGUACCGGGCCUUCCCCACCGGCAUGAUGCCCGAGAGGCUCGAUAUGGCACCGCCGGAGUGGGAACCCCAUCUACCCAAGGGCUUCACCAGUGCCAAGGACCCACGAUAUCUUCUGAGACCAGAGGCCAUUGAGAGCGUCUUUUACUCGUACCGGAUCACAGGACGGCGAGAAUUCCAAGACGCUGCGUGGGACAUGUUUACUGCUGUUGACAAGGGGACCAGGACGCAGUAUGCGAAUGCCGCAGUGCUGGACGUCACGACAGCGGCUGAGGAGCUGCCUCAGGAGGACUAUAUGGAGAGCUUCUGGCUCGCUGAGACGUUGAAAUACUUUUACCUUGUGUUUACGACGCCGGAUAUCAUCAGCUUGGACGACUAUGUGCUCAAUACCGAGGCUCACCCAUUCAAGCUUACGGGAUGAA